AUGGAAGAUCUCUUUGGUAAUGACCUUUAUCAAGGCUUGGCUGAUCCUUACAGUAAGAAGGUGAUGCUUGUAGCCUUGCAAGCGCGGAAGACUGACUCUCUCAAGGAUUCAAGCACAUUUCCAACCGCCACGAGCACCACCACCACGACCAGCAUGGCCCCCAUCCAACAGAACAUCUACAUAGGCCAGGGUGGCCGGGCGACGAUCAUGGCGCUCGCGGGUCUGCGCCCCCGUGCCCCCGAGGCUAUUGAGAUGAAGAAGGCUGGAAUCUCAACCUCACGAUAA